UUUGGGGCAUUCAUGUCACAUUUGAACCUUAUCUAUGCAAGCAUAUGACUAAGAAAUGAGACACACCAAGAUAAUGCUUUGCUUCUGUGGGAUUAUUUAGCUUGGAAUAACUAGUAGUUACAUAUAAGGUUUAGUAUUAUAAUUUUCCUACAAGGUGUUACAGAAUAUCACCCAAAAAUAGUGCUUGUUUUGUUAUGCUUGAAAAUACCCAGACCUACUAUAACAGACACAUGGGAGUUGUUGACCUGCUGGAGCAUUGCGAGACACAUCAGCCAUUCAUUCAUUCAUGAUUGAUGAUCCUUGAAGAAGCAGGCUGUCCUUUAUCCAGUUUCCACUACAGCUGAACCACUGCAUCAGGUUUUGUUUUGUUUUUAACCACUCUACCUGCACAUGCACUAAUGUAACUCUUGUGAUAGUUUGAGCAGCACAUUCUCUUAAAUGUCCUAACUGGAAUCACUGGGGUGGAUGGGAACAUGAGGAGCAUCCUCUCUGAUCUGAUUCAGCUCCCAAGUAGCUGAUGCACAUUAGCUCGAAAGUCUGAUCACUACAGAAAAGCCCCCAUUGUGUGGACUUAAAACCGAAGAGGAAAGGGAAGACAACAAUGAUGAUGAGGAUGAAAGAGGCCCAGUGACAGAGUUUGAACCCUCACCAGGAAGCAGAGGAGAGUCACAAGGCUGCAGACAUGAGUCUCCGCCAACCCACCUCCACUCUGGACAGGCUCAGCAGUCUCACCAUCGGGGACUCGGAGCGCAAAUCCUCUGCCACGCAGCAGAGGGAGCCAACGACUGACGUCUCUGUUGAGAGUACUGGUCCUGGUCUUGUCCAGAGAUGUGUGGUCGUGCAGAAGGACCAGCUGGGUUUUGGCUUCACAGUGUGUGGGGAGAGAGUGAAGCUGGUGCAGAAUGUCCGACCAGGUGGUGCAGCAGUCAAGGCCGGAGUCCAAGAAGGGGACCGAAUCAUAAAGGUGAACGGCUCGCUGGUGUCCUCCAUGUCCCAUCAGGAGGUUGUGAAGCUCAUCAAAUCUGGACCUUAUGCAGCUCUGACGCUACAAGGGCCACCGCCUUCAGCAGCCUCUUUGCCACUGGAGCCCCUUCCUACUGACCUUACACCCAUUCAAAGGACAUCACUAGGUGGAGAGGCUCCACCCCCUCCACCUCCACCCUUGCCUUCUGGACUGAGCAGCACCCCUUCCCAAAGAAUCACUGGACCCAAACCACUACAGGACCCAGAAGUACAGAAACAUGCCACUCAGAUACUCAGGAAAAUGCUGGAGCAAGAAGAGGCUGAACUGCAGGACUUAAUGGAGGAGCAGCUGAGGAACCCGUCAACAUCUCUUGAAGAGCGUAUUGAAAGUGCCAAGAGGCGAGCUCACCAAGUCAGGGUUAAGAUUCAGCAAGAUCUGGAAGGAACGCGGUCAGAAUCUGUUGCCAGUUACGUCAUAGCAGGAGAAGGUCGAUUAUCAAUGGACUCAAGUGAAGGAGACAUCGAGGCGUUUGAGAGUCCCCACUCCUCCCCCUCAUCUUCCUUCAGGACCCCCCUACACCGACGGCAGAACUCCGACACACACACCCUCUCUGAUUCGGGUGGCAAGCCCCAGAUCAUCGGCCCUGAGGAGGAGGAUGAAGAAGAUGAUGGCUAUGCUUUUAAUGAGAUGGACGGUCCGUUCCAGGACAUCGAGAUGUUGAAGCUUCGACCGGCCCACAUGACAGUGUUCAUGAGAUAUGUCUUCACACAGCUUCUGGACCCCAACCCUUUGCUGUUUUACCUGUCGGUGGAGGCUUACCUGGGCUCCAGUACUAAAGACGCACGCUCACUCGCACCUCAAAUCUGCUCCCACUUCCUGGACCCAGACGCUCCCUUGAAAAUCAAAGCACGAGAGGAGUAUCUCACAGAUAUCGAGAGUCGACUACAAGCCCAAGAGGACAUCAGAGGGCCUCUGUCUGAGCUGCAGCAGGAGGUGCUGCCGGACAUCCAGUACCAAAUACAGGACUACAGGAACAAGCAGAUGAUGGGCCUCGGCUCUCUGUUUGGAGAAGGAGACCUGCUGCAGCUGGACGGAGACCCGGCGAAAGAAAGACAGGUGGUGGACAGACAGGUCACCGCCCUCUGGGAGAUACUAUCCAAGCACGAAGAGGACAGAAGUUCUCCUCUGGCGUCGGCUGUGCUCCUGUACCUCCGUCAUUCUGGCAUCAAACUCAGAGACUCCAAGGUCUUUCCUGGUCUGAGCACAGAGAAGGAGAAGUGGCUCGCCUUCUUAAAGACGAAAAAGCUGAGUGGUACAAAGAAAGAGAAAGAUGGAGAGGACAAAAAGAGAAAUCCCAUCCUGAAGUACAUCGGCAAACCCCGGUCCACAUCCCAGUCCACAUUCCAUGUCCCGUUGUCACCCACCGAAGUCCGUCCUGGCAGUGUGAGGAACAUCAUUCAGCAGUUUGAGAAUAACACAGAGACGGGAGGAGAGGAGGGAGGCGACCCUGCCGACCCCCAGCGGCUGUCCUCCAGCAGCCUGGGAGAAGACAGCAUGGACAGCCCUACGAUCUCAGUGCGUCUGGCACGCAGCGAGUCGUUGAAGGCUCAGGGUGAAGGUCGGCGGCGGGGCGUCGCCUCAGGAACGGAGUCUGUCCCCCGCUCGCGUAGUGAUGUGGACAUGGAGGACAGCGGGGAGGAGCGGGAGGGGCCGGGCCUCAGGCCGCUACAGCACAGCGCCUCGUCGUCUGCAUCCAGCAACUCUGCACGGUCUCUAGAGAACCCUACACCCCCAUACACUCCUCGGUCUAGACGCAGGAGCGUGGACUCACCGCUGGCUCUGCUACCGGACGCCGGGGUGCUGGAGGAGGAAGUGUGUGACGGUCAGAACUGGCAGGAGACGGUGCCUCCUCAUCUCCUCGCCACGCUAAGUCAGAGGGAGGUGGACAGACAGGCCGUCAUAUACGAGCUGUUUACCACCGAGGUGUCCCACCUACGGACCUUACGAGUCCUGGAUCAGGUUUUCUUCCAGAAAAUGAGGUCUGUUCUGAACACUGAUGAGCUGGCCUGCAUCUUCCCCAACCUGCCCCAGGUCUACGAACUCCACGCGAGUCUGUGCGAGGCGAUGAAGAAGCGAAGAGAAUCUCCCAUCGUGCAGAACAUCGGGGACGUUAUGCUAGCGAGGUUUGAGGAUGCUAAUGGAGACGAGUUUCAGGAACAGGCGUCUCAGCUGUGCAGCCAGCAGUCUCAGGCUCUGGAGCUCAUCAAGAACAAACAACGCAAAGACCCUCGCUUCGCUCAUAUUAUACAGGAGUGUGAGGCGAGUCCUCACUGUCGGAGGCUGCAGCUUAAAGACCUGCUUGUGUCGGAGAUGCAGAGACUCACUAAGUACCCUCUUCUGCUCGACAACAUCCUCAAACACACAGACGCGAGUUCUGCCGACCUCCCGUCUCUCCAGCGUGCCCAGGCAUGUUGCCGAGGGAUACUGCAAGCCGUCAAUGAGGUCGUCAGGGAAACAGAACACCGGCAACGCCUCAGCCAAUACCAACGCAGGCUGGAUGCUGCUCCUCAGUUCAAGAGUCUGGACCUGAGCACUAAGAAAAUGAUCCACGAAGGUCCCCUCACCUGGAAAGUCAGCAAAGACAAGCAGUUAGAGAUCCAAGCGCUGCUGCUGUCAGACUGCCUGCUCCUGCUGCAGCGAGGCCCGGACGACCGGCUGCAGCUGCGAUAUCCUUCCCGCUGGCUGGGUGGAGGCGGAGGAGGCAGCGGAGACAGCAAGACCUCUUUCAGCCCUCUGGUGAAGCUGGACUCGCUGUUAGUGCGCUCGGUAGCUACAGACAACAAAGCUCUCUAUGUGAUCAGCACCACAGAGAGGCAAAUCUACGAACUGGUGGCUGGGACAUCAUCUGAGAAAAACACCUGGAAAGACUUACUUGAAAAGACCAUCUCAUCAUCUGGUGGUUCAUCACCGCUGAUCAAUCAUGGAUCCAUGCCAAUAUCCUCUCCCAGUCUUGGCAGUGCAUCCCCAGUCUCAACUGGUAGUCACGUCUACACAGACAACUCUAUGACAGAGCAGUCCGACUCCAUGGAGACUCAUUCCUCCACCGAUGACAUCGCGCUCUCGGCCGACACACCUACGGACCAAUCGGGAGCUUUCAUCUGUGGUGAACGACAAGCAGUCGGUGUGGCAGAGGCGGCUUUACAGGACGUUGAAACAUUAAGGCAGCUCAUAUUACGAGAUCUGGAAGAGGACGCUUGGAGCCACGAUUCAGACGACACACCCACCAACGAGACGGCCAAUGAAAGGAGCUCGUUCUCAGAACGUCAGCGGCCGGAGUCUCAGGAGACCAUCCUCAGCUUCAACACCAGCGAAUGGGAGGCCGAGCCUGAAGAGGCUCCGCCCUCAGACGCGGAGCAGCCUAGCGUUCAGGUCAUAAGGAAAGGGAACUUUUUCUACUUGGUGAUGCCUACAGAACAAGGAGAGAGCGCCACUGAUGACCUCAAUGACCCUCCCACCCCCACGGCCAGCCACUUCCCCCAGCCUCUGGAGGAAAUGACAUCAGCAGAGACGCAGCCGGAGGAGGCGACGUCAGCCGGCGGUCCAGCGGCCGACCAAUCAGAGGCCAUGCAGCUGGAGCAGGAAGAGGAAACGGAACAGCUGAAUGCCGGGCAGCAGAGUCAUGUGAUCAAAAACGUGGAUGAGAUUUUUCUCACCAUCGAGGGGCUGAUGAGCAAGCUGCGCCAGCUGAAGGAAAUAGAGAACGCCCAUCACAAACUAUUAAAAACCCUCAAAGAGCCGUCUGUCAAUCAGGAGUCAGAAGACCAACAGUGCCGCUCGGCGACCGUCUCCAGGACACCGUCUCUGGAUCGCGGCUCAGGAGACGGCAAAGAGGGCAGUCCAGCAGAACCCAAGAUCCAGUCGACUGGAUUCUGAGGUCAGCGCAGACGGGAUUUAACUGGCAGUCACACGCUUGAUUGUUGGCAUCCGGAUGCACCCAUACGUACCCACUGUCAGACUCAGGCACCUCAGCCCCGCCUCCCCUCACCCCCCCUUCCUCCUAAACCUGCAUGCACCGGCCAGAGGAGCAGAACCCAGGAAGAACUGUGGCCAUUUUUUAUUUUAGUUUUCUGUUGCCCUGGGAUACCAAGAAACUGGUCAGACUAACCUGGAUUUUCUUGUGAUCUGACUUGAGCGUGAGAGAGAGAGCGAGACUCCAGGGGAAAGAGAGGAUAAAGUAUGAAGGAACAAAAAAAAAAAAAAAGGCAGAAGACAAGUUGACGGGUGAAGAGAAGAGAGGAAGAAAAAAAAUUAAAAGUUGGAAAAACUGAAAGUUGGAAAAAUGACCAAGAUGGAUAUUUGUGAAGGAAAAUGAGUUAUCUCGCUUUUUAAAGCGCUGGUUGAAGGAACGGAGCAGAAAAAGUGUUGAAAUGUUAAUUUAAGGAGAAAAAAAAACAAACAGAGGGACCCAUCACCCCAGCACUUUACCCAUAAUGCAUCCCUCUGUCAUGUACGUCCUGUACUGUGGACUGAUCAGGGACUGGAGACGCCACUACCGGCUUUAUUUAGGGGGCCGACGCUUGAGCCAAAAUGGCCUCCGCUGGUCCCUUAACCCCAUUCCUCCCAACCCCCCCACCCCCACCCACACCUCCACUGGUUGCUUUACACUGAGUUCACCUGCCAUCACGGCCGAAGGACUGUGUCUAUAAUAAUUCAGGUUAUUUGCACUGGGUAAGGAAACCAUUAUCACACACAUACGAGCAUCAUUUAACCGUUUCAUUCAUCUCAGACGUUACAUCUCCACAUCGAGGGAGAAACACUACUAGAGUUCAUGUUGUUGGGAACAGUCGCAUGUCCUCAAGUCUUCUUUUUAUGUAUUAAGAUGGGCUGUCUGGAAGCAUAAGUGCAACAUAUUGAUCAUUAUAUGGGUCAUAAAUCGUUCAUGUUUUUACGUUCUGGAAAAACACUACUGCGCUGUUUGACUACUGAAAUGCUGUGUCGGCGUUUUAUUUUUCAGCGCUGCUUUCAGAGGCGAACGGAGAUCUCAGCGAUUUCAAAGUAAUAAGCUCAGCGGACACACACACACACACACACAGAGAGACACACAUACAUCUGUUCUGAUCAUGUUGUUUCGGCGGGAGAGUUGUUUUUUUUUGAGGAUGUUUACGAGGCUGUGAGGAAAAACAAGAGGCGAGGGGGCGAAUACAGAUUCAGACGUUUUAGAAAACUUGAAUUAUUUUUUCAGUGCAAACCUGUUUUGUCACUCAAAAGUGCUGCCAAAUACCGCCGCUUACAUUGCCUGUACACUUUAACGAUUUAACUGUGCAUCCUUUAACCCCCCCCCAUUCCCCCUCCCCCUCCUCCUCUCUCUCUACAGCCGAUUGUGUGUGUAAAUAUACCACGGUGAAUACUGUGAACCAGCAACUCCCACCACCACCACUACAGAUACCCGUCAUAC